GUCGGAGGAACAUACUCUGAUUACAAACGUUAUUAUUUUAAAUUUUUCUGCUAAUUUUUUAUAAUUUUUACUCUUACUACAAGUACCAUGAUCUAUCUAAAAAAUAAACGAGUGGCAUGACACGCGAGAUCUUCUAUCAGCUUUUAAGACGAAUUGUAUUGAAAUUCAUUAUGAAUAGUGCAUUUUAGCAUACGUGUUGAUUAUCUUUGAUCUCAUUAAAAAAAUAAAAUGAUGAACGGAGAACAUUAACAGAGAAUAUUAACAGAGUGCUUACAGAUAGAUCUAUUCAUUUUAUAGUUUGCAACGGUGCAUGAAAAAGAAAUUUAGAAGAAAGCAAGAAAUUCUAAUAAAACAAGUAAAACAAUAGUUAUUAACAGAUUGGAAGAAUAUGAAGAACAAAAUCUUCGAGACAGAAAAAACUAAAAUUCUAACAUGGAGACCAAAAACUCAGUAUGAGUCAUUAUCAGCUAUCAUUUGGAUUAAUGAAAUAUUUGGUUUACGUAUAUUUGAAUUUCGAAGACGUCUACGAUAUAGCUGGAGCAUAAUAUAUGUUAGCGUAUGCAUCGUUUUAUAUUUUAUCAUGUAUAACAAGGUGUUAUCUCAUUGUGAGAACAGUUGGCCUGCGUACCAAGAGAUCAGUUAUAAAUUUGUUUUAUAUGUCAACAUCCCAAUUAUUUUGCUUUGCAUUGUUCUUGGACUUGUCAAUACAGAAAAUUCGAAGAAAAUUAUUGCACGAUACGAACAAAUAGACAAUGUUUUAGAAUCCUUUGGCAUUGAAAAAGAUUAUCUAAAAACAUUCAUCUAUGUUAUACAAGUAAUAAGUGCGUGGUGCAUACUGAUGGUAAUUCUUUUUAUACUUGGUUGGAUUUGGUGCUGGACUGAUACUGAUAUUAUAGAAGCAUUCUAUUUAAAUCUUCUACUAUGUGUACCAAUUAUGAUCAAUUGUUCGACGAGUGUCACUUUCAACACAUUUAUAAGAAUUUUAAGAGACAAAUUGCACAAGAUGAAUACAGCAAUAAGUGAAGUACAUCAGUCAUCAAAUGUGAAUGGUAUUGAUAUGGAAUACAAGAUGCAGCAAACGGCACAUAAAUUUGUACUUGUAAGGAACUGUUAUAAUCAGAAUAAUUUUCUUCGGCGUUUCGUUGAAAUUACAAGGCAAAUGCAUUUUGAAAUUGUAAGUGUUUCGCGCGAACUUAAUCAAAUAUACAGUUAUCAACUUUUAUUAAACCUGGCAAUGGAAUUUAUAGUGAUAAUAUGUACACUGUAUAAUUUAUAUUUCGACGUAAUAUCAUCGACUCUGGCAGAAAUUUUGCACUCUAAAAUAGUGAUACCAAUAGUAUUAUUUUUUAUAUUUUCUGCUAAAGUUAUUAUUAUAAAUCAUGAGUGUACUUAUUUCCAUCGCGAGAUAGAAGUAACAGCGCAAACGCUUCGAGAAAUAGAAAUCUCUUGCAUAGAUGGUUCUAUCAAAGAUGAGCUGCAACAAUUUUCAUUACAACUCAUUCUUUAUCCUUUAUAUUUUACUGCUGCUGGCUGCGUUUUUCUUGAUAACCAACUUACAACGAAGUUUUUUGGUACUUUAAGUACCUACUUGGCCAUAUCAGUUCAAAUGAGUUCCACACCUAUGCAGUCUUGAAGUCGCAAUUUAUGUAAUUAAUGCAAUUAAUAUUUACAUCGUUAUUUGAUAUCGUCACAUUCAUAGAUCGUGAUUAUUUAUCAUAGUUUACGACACGCUGUUGUAAUUUAUAAGCAAGCAAGUGAAUAACUGAAAAAAAGAUAUGUAUGGAUAUCUUGAUUAA